ACGCUUUAUAUAUAAAAAUAUAUACCAGGGGGUAUACUAUUCCAUACAACCUAUAGAGUUCUGAUGUUUUUGUUUAUUUUGCUUUCUAAUAAGUCUUCCUGUGUCCUGUAUACAUUACCUGUUUGCAAUUAAAGAAAAUAAAAAUAAAAAUGCGUAAAGUAAGCAAAAAACGCGCUGCAAGAGCUGAUAGCAGUGCAAGCAGUUCCAGUCACUCGAGUGACGAUAAAUCGGAAACCAAUGCAAAAGUAUCAAAUGGAGCGGGAAAAAAAGAUGGCGCCAAUGAUUUAGAGGAUGUAAAGAACAAGAGUCAGGAUAGUCAGGAUGCGAAAUCAAAGAUAAAUUCGCAAAAGAAGAAAAAUGUGCUUGAGCGAAAUGAGGGCAACAAUAAGCGAAAACGGUCUAGCAAGACCGACUCGGAUUCAUCUAGUGACUCGGAUUCAUCUAGCGAUGAAGCUCUGAGUAAAAAACUCCCGGUGGAUACGUCAUCGAAAGGAAAAGGAAAGAAAAUGGACACAUCAGAACCGGUGCCAAUUGAAGAGAAUGUCCAAGGCGCUGAUGAUGUGGAGUAUGAGGUGGAAGAAAUUGUUUCGCACAAAAAAAGCCACGGUCAAAUGCUAUAUCUAAUCAGAUGGAAGGGUUUUGGAUCUGAAGAUGAUACCUGGGAAAAUGCUGUCACCCUAGACAACUGUCCGGAUAUUUUGAAAAAAUAUGCAGAUUUGCAUCCAGAUUGCAUACUUCCGACAUCAAAAGGUAAAACAUCGAAGGGCAGUAAAAAUAAAAAAGACGAAAAGAUCAAGAAAUUGAAGGCAAUUAUCGCCGAGCCAAUUGAUGAAAAUGCCGAUUACGAAGUGGAAAGAAUCAUCGACGUCUUUUUCAAAAAGGACCAAAGUCGCGAAUUUUUGGUGAGAUGGAAAGGCUACGGAAAGGAAUAUGACACGUGGGAGCCGGAGAAUAACUUGAGCUGUCCGGAUCUGAUCGACAAGUUCAUGGCAAGAGUUGAGCAUGCGAAAAAUCUGUCGGAAAAAGAAUUGAGACCGAACCGGAAGCACACAGAGCGCUUUACGUUGCGAACGCAGACCUCUGAACGACGUUUGUCGAAAAGACAUGAUGGCAAACAGAGAGCCGUUUAUUACGAUGCUGAGGACUAAAAUCAGUGGUAUGGUGGCAAUAAUACACAUAAGUUUGUAAGUUAAUGUAAUAGAAUUACAUAUUAUAUGCUGUGCCAGCGUCAAGUAUUAAAAAUUUUGUUUUUUAAGUCUUGUAUGUACAUUGAGGUAGAGAUUCUAGUAUUUACCUCAAUGGUUUCGUCUAUGUUUUAUAUUUUGGCUUUGUAAUCCCUAAGAUAAAAUUAGUUGAAUUUCAGUAAACAAAAUAAAAACAAAAAUCAAAAA